AUGAAGAGGGUACAUGAUGCGGAAAAUGCGCCGACAUACGGAGAGCCACACCCGAAGAAGCGGCAAGUCGUUCGGGCACUGCAUCACACGCAGCCGAUUCAGCAUAUUGCCGAUCCCAUCAGCGCAGAGCUCGAUCCAUUUGGCGAGAGCAAAGACUUUUUUGACCAGCAAUUGCGCCGCGCAAUAGCGAUACAAUGUAAAGGCAUCGGCUUCGAGAGCGCGCGCCCGGACGCGUUGGAGGAGUUCCGGGCGCUGGUUGAUUCCUACAUGACCAACUUUUUAGCACAAGUCCGGACGUCCAUGAUCAGCUCGCGGCGCACCGAAACCGUAGCCCACGACUGGAUCUAUGCCCUCACAUGCGCAGGCCUACGCGGCUCUGGCCCCCUCGAGCAACAUAUCGACACAGGCGAAGUUCCGCCAUCUCUAUUACAACCAUACUUUGCACCUCCCGCGCCUCCAGAGGCUCCGCCGCCCGACACCGAGUCCUUGCUGGGCCCUGGACUUUCGGGCAAGGCGGACAAAGAAACGCGCCCAUACAUACCAAAACAUUUUCCUGGCUUUCCGUCAAAACACACAUACACAGCAACGCCCGUCUUCACAAAACGCGAAAAUGAUCCGCGCAAGAUCAGAGAGAAGGCGACCGAGGAGGGCAUCCUUGCCGAACAAAGUCUUAGAAAACUCAUGGCCGCACAAAAGGCUGGCGUUCAAAAGCAGAAUGUUGGCAAGCGCAAGCGCAGCAGGCGCAUGAAAGAGAGCGACCAGUUAUGGCAAGCAGCCAUGACAGACCUGUUGGACGAGGAAAAUCAGCGAGAGAAAGAGGAAGAGCGGCGGCAAGCCCAAAUGGACGAUGAUGACGAUGACUGGAACAUGCCGCAAGAUGCUCCGAUACGGCAGCCUACGACCGAUCGGAAUGUCAACCUUGAGGAAGGCGUACAUGUCAACUACGAUCAGAAGUACUGGAGAAAGUCUGCAACCGGCGUCUCAUAG